CCAUUUUUAGGGGAGACUUUCAUCUCUCAGCAGUUUUCCUGAAAAAGAGAGGAGGGACCUUGAGAGGGGGCCAGCCUCUUUUGAGGCCUCCAGGGUCACUGUGACCAGCCCAAAUUCCAGCUACAUUUGUCCCUUGCUCCAAAACCUCAGAGGUCCCCCCAGAGCCCUGAGGCUCACCUUCUCAGUCCAGAAUGCUGGCCUGACCCUCCCCAACCCAAGCCCAGAUGUCCUCUACCAUCCUUCUUCAGUGCCCAUUUCAUCCCUCCUGCCUCCCUUUGUCCCACCCAACUCGGUGCCCAGCAUCAGUCUGGGACUCCUCCCUCUCUGUGCCCACCCCAUGCCCAGCACCAGGCCCCAGUUGUGUAACAUACCUGACAAGUGGGCACCCCCACCUUCUGAGUCAGUCCAGGAGGUGCUUCUUCCAAAGUCUUUCUCUUGCUCCCCGCUUGGACCGGUCUGGGGAAUGUUGUCUCUCAGUUCCCCUCAUAGGCCUGGGGGCCUUUGAAGUUCCUUGACCCUCAUGACCUGUGAGGUCACAAAGCCAGGAAGUAGUCCUGGCUCAGGGCCCAGGUCCCAGAGAGAGCCCUCGCGUGCUGGCCAGCCUGCCCUCCCAGAACGCCAUGGCCAGUGCUCCCCCCCCACCGGGAGUAUCCCGGCACUCCCCAGACAAAUCCCCCAAUUCCAGGGGCCCCGAUCCUCCCUAGAGACAGCUGCUCCCCUGGCACCAAUGAUGCCCCCCGUAUCCUCACCAGGUGGGGCUUCGUCCCCGGGCACCCGGAGCUGGUUGUGGGGCGGGCAAGGGGGGCAUGAGCUCUGCCCAGUCCUGACCUCUGCCGUGCUUCCUCCUGGAUCUCAGCUGUUCUGCACAAAGGGGUCUUCCUGAACGACGUGGAGCACUCCUUUCAGCCGUGGGUGCCACUGCUGGGCCAUCUACAGAGGACCAUAAUGGAGGGCGAGUACUUACCUCUGGGGCCGCUGCUGCCGAUGUUCGAGAGUGACUUCUUGCAGGUGCCCCCCGGGAGGGCAGGGUGCGGAGAGGGGGGAGAGAAAGGGAGCCCCCCAGGCAUCUGGGGGGGGAGGGGGCCCCAAGGGACAGCUGCGUCAGGGUGCUUCCCAGCCUCCCUGCCCCACCCUCCCUAGGUGACAAACCGGGGGGAGGCUAUUUUUCUACACAAGAAGGAGAACCCCGUGACUAUGGGCGUGGCAUCCUCCAUCCCUGGGCGCCUGCUCCCGGACCUCAUCCUGCUUGCCCGGCCAGUCGGAGACAAGAGGCAGCAGGGGCUCGAGCUCACCAGGUGACCCGGCGGGGCCCCAUCCCUGACCCCCGGGCCCCCUGCCCCUAGAGCUGCCUCCCUCACCCUGUGGUCCCUGCAGGCUGCUGCCCACGCACCUGGCCCGUUUGUUCGUCCACAACGUAGCUAGCUGGAGGCUGAAGCUGCGCUUGGCCUCAGGCCGCAGCUUCUACCUGCGCCUGGAUGCUGAGCGGCAGGAGGGCUGCUUCCUCUUCAACCGCUGGCGCUACCUGGUCUACCUGCUUCGCGGGCCCGCGCCAGCCUGGGCCCCCCAGGCCCACAGGGACGGCUCCUCCAGCCUGCUGUCCAUAGACAGUAAGCUCAAGGACAAGAAGUGGAAGAUGUCUGAGUCUGCAGCAAAGGCCAAGGAGAUGAGGUCCAGAGCAGUCGGUGACUCCGUCCCCUUCAUGACUCAGCUGGAGGCAGCAGCCUGCAGAGAGGCACAAAAACCAGACCGUAAACGCUGCAAGAGGGACCCUUCUGGAGCUUGUGGGGAAGAGGAAGGACAAUCCACUGUCACCAUCUGGACCCUCUUCAGCAUUAUCUCCAGCACUUUGAACCGGCCCAAGGCCUCAAAAACACCCACCCCAAUGACUUCAAGUUCGGGGCACUCAGGCUUUGAGCCCUGUGUGGUUCCCUGCCAGACCUCAUCCUCCUGGCUGGGCUCCCGCCGACCCACCAAGAAAACGUUUCGAUCAUCAGACUCUUCCAGCCCAUUCCUGUACUCCACCCCCCAGUCCCAAAUAGAUUUCUCCAUGGCUUGGAAAGAUGUCCACCCACAUAAACAUGCCUGGUUUGAAAGUCCUAGCACCCUUUCCAGCCGCCUAGCCUGGGCCCAGCCCCUGCCCCAAGAUGCCCAACACAAGGUUCCACACAAGACGCUCCUACCGGCUAAGCCCCUAAAGAAGAGACUUUCCAAGUUGCACUUAAAGCAAACGAUGCCCUUCAAAGAGUCUAAGGAAGCAGCAGAGUUACCCCUUGUGCAGUUCACCCAGCAAGAGGACAAGUCCUUGCUGGCUGCAAGGAAGUCCAGUCCCAAGCCCAUACCCCACUCCCUAGAACUCUAUGAGUCCACCAAAAUGUCCCACCUUUCCACCAAGUCCUCGAUCUACCCACCUGACCCGAUCAAGACCCCAGAGCCCACCCCCUUCCCCAAGGCCCCAGAGCCCACCCCCUCCACCAAGGCCCCAGAGCCCUCCCCCUCCCCCAAGACCCCAGAGCCCACCCCCUUCCCCAAGGCCCCAGAGCCCACCCCCUUCCCCAAGGCUCCAGAGCCCACUCCCUCCACUAAGGCCCCAGAGCCCUCCCCCUCCACCAAGGCCCCAGACCCUACCCCCUUCCCCAAGGCCCCAGAGCCCUCCCCCUCCACCAAGGCCCCAGAGCCCUCCCCCUCCACCAAGGCCCCAGAGCCUACCCCCUUCCCCAAGGCCCCAGAGCCUACCCCCUUCCCCAAGGCCCCAGAGCCCUCCCCCUCCACCAAGGCCCCAGAGCCUACCCCCUUCCCCAAGGCCCCAGAGCCCUCCCCCUCCACCAAAUCCUCACCCCAACAAUCCAAGAAGUCUUCUUUCCACCUGUUCACCAAGGCUUCACCCCAACAGUCCAAGAAGUCUUCUUUCCAGCCAACUACCAAAGCUUCACCCCAACAAUCCAAGAAGUCUUCUUUCCACCUGUUCACCAAGGCUUCACCCCAACAAUCCAAGAAGUCUUCUUUCCACCUGUUCACCAAGGCUUCACCCCAACAAUCCAAGAAGUCUUCUUUCCACCUGUUCACCAAGGCUUCACCCCAACAGUCCAAGAAGUCUUCUUUCCACCUGUUCACCAAGGCUUCACCCCAACAGUCCAAGAAGUCUUCUUUCCAGCCAACUAGCAAGGCUUCACCCCAACAGUCCAAGAAGUCUUCUUUCCAGCCAACUAGCAAGGCUUCACCCCAACAAUCCAAGAAGUCUUCUUUCCAGCCAACUAGCAAGGCUUCACCCCAACAGUCUAAGAAGUCUUCUUUCCAGCCAACUAGCAAGGCUUCACCCCAACAAUCCAAGAAGUCUUCUUUCCAGCCAACUAGCAAGGCUUCACCCCAACAAUCCAAGAAGUCUUCUUUCCAGCCAACUAGCAAGGCUUCACCCCAACAGUCCAAGAAGUCUUCUUUCCAGCCAACUAGCAAGGCUUCACCCCAACAGUCCAAGAAGUCUUCUUUCCAGCCAACUAGCAAGGCUUCACCCCAACAGUCCAAGAAGUCUUCUUUCCAGCCAACUAGCAAGGCUUCACCCCAACAGUCCAAGAAGUCUUCUUUCCAGCCAACUAGCAAGGCUUCACCCCAACAGUCCAAGAAGUCUUCUUUCCAGCCAACUAGCAAGGCUUCACCCCAACAGUCCAAGAAGUCUUCUUUCCAGCCAACUAGCAAGGCCUCACCUGACCAGUUUACCAAGGACUCAAAGGCACACCUCAUCAAGGCCUCAGCUGACAAGGCUGCCAAGGCUGCCAAGUCCUCAGGCAGUUCAUCCUCUGAACACUCCCUGACGUCCACUGCUGUCUCACUCAUACUGUACACUCCAGAUUCCACCAGCCAAUCAAAGGACGGCUUAUCCUCCCCAUCCACCAACACUUCCUCGGAUAAGUCCAAGAAAACCUUAAAAGCCCCACCUAACAAAGCCUCCCCUAACCACUAAGCCUUGUCCUAACUGCCCCGUCCUCCCAGAGUGAUUUCGUCCUACCCACCCACCAAGGUCUCAUGCCAUACCAGGCUCAGAAAUCCCAGCCGGUCCAAUUUGCCAGAAAAGACUGGGGAGCUCUCCACCCAUGGCCUCUAGGACUCACCCAAUGGACUUUCUGGGCUCAGACUCCAGUCUACCUUCAUUUAUACGUAGGACUCACAAACUCCGUCAAAGACUCUAUGUUAGGAUCCUGAGGGAAGGUUCCUUGGUAUUGAGGAGAUCUCUUCUCUCCCCCUACCCAAAUGGAAGAAGAGACUCAAAGAUGUUCCUGACCUGAAAUGUAUAUGGGACUGAUAUGGGGCUUCUGGCCCCCAGAUUGACUGAUUAAAAGU